AUGCCAGAACAUGCGGAUCUUAUAGCGAAACUCUGGCUCCGAUCUUUUAGAUCAGCCGUUGAGCCAGCUUCACAGCUUGCAUUGCUUUAUGUUCUCAAUGAAAUUAUUCUGAAAUGCGCAAGCUAUGGAACCCCCGAAAUCAAGAAUUCAUUUAAGGAUCCCAUUAUCGAUGCAAUGAAGGUACUUCGUCCUGGACUGCUUAUGCGGAAGGUCAAGAAGCUUUUGCUCAUGUGGUCGGAGCGAGGUCUCUUUGACCAACAGUUUAAUAAACAAAUAUUACAAAUAACAGACAACUUGGAUAAGCAUUCUGACCACAAGGCUAGCAACAUGGAGACUGAUGGACCUGCGGGCAUUAAGGAUUUCUCUCCGGACAAACUUGUAAACCAAUUACAGGGAUUCAAGCAAAUGGACGAAACAAUCAAGACCUUCUCUGAGUCGGAUCUGAUUCCCUCCUGCUUUCAUCUUCCCGUUGAAACCAUCCUUUAUCGCAUAAAGAGCAAGGAGGAGGGUCAGUCUUUCUCACAGCAGGUGAGCACAUGUGCUGGCCAACUGCAAGAUGCGCUAAAUAACAUGGCUAGAAAGCUUUCAGCGCAGGAGACAUUAAGUGAAAAUAUCGACAAAGCGAUACUUUUUUAUUCAGCACAGGAGAAGGAAGCUGGUGUUGUUGUAAACGCUUAUAAAUCUUAUGAGCAGCAAGUGCGCAGCACCCUCCAGACAAUUCUUGUUGGUGAUUGCAAUGGUACUGAUCAAUCUCCGGUUGCUUUUGAAAUGACUAUUGAAGAGGACAAUGCCAAGUCAAUCACUGCCUCUUCACAACAGAAUAUUUCCAACCAGUCGACAUGUUUCGAGGAUCAUGAUGGGGCGGGCGACGGAGGCGUUUCGGACAUGUCUGAGGAUGAGGAAGAUGAGGAUAAUCGUACUCCCUUAGUAAUUCGAAGUCAAGAUGCAAAUACGACAAGAGAUGUCCGUGAACUACUCGUUGAUCCUAAAUCUCUGGCUCACUUUCCCUUCAGUGAUGAAAUAAUAAUUGAUGAUCAAGGUGAUGUGGACUAUCGUCCAAUGUUCAGCAAGAUGCUUUCCUGUAAGUGCUUAAAUAAAAAGGAAAGGACUUCAGAGGAGUCCUCUGGUGGGAUCUCAUGCACUAAUAAGGAUGUUAAAGGCGCCGAUGGGGCCGUCGAAAGUGUAAGCAUAUCUGGUGAAGACGUUGAAGUGGAUGUAAAGAAGUCCUCUAUGGCGGACGCUUUUUCUUUGACGGAGACGGGUGACUUUGAUUACCGACAGCCAACUCUCGCACCCGGAGAAACGGAGAGGGACCGGCGAAACUCUGCUCCUGGUGAUCCCUUCGGCUUGGGUAAUCCAGUACCCAAAAAUCAAGAUGCAGACCUUCGUUUAUUAAUGCCGUCGGUAUCCGAAUCUUCCCAUUCCGUUGUUGAUGCAGAUUAUCGACAAUUCUGUGUACCUUCUAACCUACAAUUGCCAUCGUCAGCAGUAUCAUCUUUUCCUUGGUUGAAUAAGGGUGAUAGUGAUCUUCGUCAGAGUCAGACUGCUAGAGCCGUGGUCGCAGCAUCGGCGCUAGCAAACGCAGUAGCUGUGCAAUCCUUAUUGCUCGCCUCUACGUCGGCGCUACCAUCUCAACCCCUCUUUACGCCUAUCAUGGCCACUCCAACUGCGUCAAUGCUACCGCAGCAUCAACCCUUUUCUACAUCGGUCACAACUCCCAUUCCUCUCUUCCGGCACCAACAAAAUCAGUCCAACGCAACAGUCUCUGCCUCAUCUGUUUCGGUGUCCCAAAAAAACAAACAACCUCCACUUUUAUUCCCAGUUUCUGAUCUCCAACAAGCAUAUCAACCAGAAACCACAUCAUCCGCGUCUGAGCAUGUCAGCUUAUCUGGUAUUUCAUCAGAUCUUAUUUCCACCUUGAAGAAAAUUAAUCUCCCCACUGUGUCUUCAAUACCUGCUCGAUCAACCACACAACCAGCCUCAAAUGAUGCAGCGAUUCCCUCCAAUCUCAUUCCGGUAUCGAACCAAGGCAGCAGACGGGGGGAUGGUAAUACUAGCAAAUUCGGAGUCACGGGUCCUCAAGACGAGGAUCCUUUCACCAUCAUCUCUCGACUUACUGGACUCUCCAAUCUUAUUCACUCCGUUAAACCAACGUCGGUGUGCACACCGAGCCGAUCGAUCAGUGAAGUAACCUCAUCACCACCGCAUCCUGAAAAGUCGUCCUUGUUGGAAAUUCAGACUCCGAAUUACUCCGACAACUUGAGCGAAGAAGAGGUGGGAAAUGGUGUAGCGAAGGCGACAAGUCCGGCUUCCUCUCCUCGUCCUCCCUCGCCUACGUUGGGUGCUGUCGUGAGGGGCGAAGAUUUGGAGCAGAGUGAAGAUGGCGGAGCUACGCCUACGCAAGAUGAAUCAGGAACUCCGAGUGAUGGGAAUGCCGCCAUUCAAUCCGAUGGCCGUCGGACCGAGUCCACCUGUCCAACCGCCAUGGCAGACGGUACUACCAACAAAUUGCCCCAAUUUUGGUGGGAAGCCUCUUCCACAUCAAGCAUUUUUUCCUGUUUUCCCUCCUAUGGUAACCCAAUCGCCAUUCCCCAACCUUCCCACUAG